UGCUAUUUUCACAAUAUUCACAAACCUGGAGCGAGUUGGAAAGAAUUUCUUUACUUUUUGAAGAAAAUGUUGGAUUACAUAUUCAAUAUCCUAAUCGUAGGGGACGUGGGUGUGGGAAAGAGCUCCCUACUCAAUCGUUUUAUGGAGGACCAAUUCACUGACAGCUACAACGAGAACACGGGCGUUGAGUUAAAGACUUACCAAGUGGAGAUAGCGAAAAAGAGUGUUCUUCUACAUAUGCUGGACAUCCCCGGGGAAGAGCGCUUCCGGGCCAUGCUGCAGAUUCAUUAUCCAAAAUGUCACGGAGUGAUCAUUGUCUACGACACCACCUCACUAAGCAGCUUCCACCAGGUGAGCUCCUGGGUGCAGGAACUCCGCGAUUACUGCGGCAAUGAGGUCAAGCUCAUGUUGGUGGGCACCAAGUGCGACGAGAUGGAGAAGCGCCAGGUGACCGGGCCUAUGGCAUUCUUAUACGCGGAAGGGCAUGGCCUCACCUUCUUCGAGGCAUCGGCUAAGAGUGGCAAAAAUGUAACGAAUAUCUUCCACACCUUCGCUGGAGAAGCCUACUAUAGCUUGGUGUACAGGAAGGGUAAUGGGGAUUGCCAGCAGGAUGAAGAGGGGAACGAAGGCGAUGGCUAUGUUCCAUCGUCAUCGAAUUUUUUCAUCAAGGAAGAUCAUGAAUAUUGCCUGCAGGGUGGCCAGGACAAGGACCAAUACGAUAGCGAUGGCGAUGUUCCACCUCCAUAGAAAUGCUCCAAGAAGGAAGGUAAUGAAGUUUGCCAGCUGGGUGGACAGGAGAAUGUAAACAAGGACGAAGACCAUGACGAUAGCGAUAUUCCAUCACCUUUGUUAUGUUUCAAGAAAGAAGAUGAUGGAGAUCUCCAGCAUGAUGAAGAGGACAACUACCAAGUCUAUAUCGAAGGCCUUGUUUCCUAUUAAUUUACUAAUUUCAAAUAUAAA